AUGCGAAGAUUUGAAAUAAUGAUUGGGUGGCAUCGUCUUUCAGCAAUUUAUUUUAUUUCCGGAAUUGGAGGAUAUUUGGCGAGUGCAGUAUUUGUACCUUACAUGCCAGAAGUUGGACCGGCAGGCUCUGAAGGAGGAGUUUUAGGUGCUUUAAUAGUUCACAUUCUCUAUAGUUGGAGUUGGCUAAAUCAACCUUUUCGUGUGCUUUUCUUGCAUUUAGCAAUAGCUUUUGGACUUUUUAUUCUUGGAUUUCUGCCUUGGAUAGGUAUUUUCUCUUUUUGUAGUUUUUUCCAUUUUCUCCAAAAUUUAGAUAAUUGGGCACAAGUAUCUGGAUUCCUUUUUGGAUCUCUUACGGCAAUAAUUUUGCUUCCAUAUAUUACAAUUGGUAAUGGAAGAGUUAGAAAAAGAAGGCCGUUAGUUGCUGCCUCUUUUCUUAUUCUUGCUUUUAUGUUUUCAAUUCUUUUUGCACUAUUUUUCUUCUACCAAAUUGAUUAUGAACCUCUUGCAUUGUUAAAUUGCCCAAUUCCAACAAAAAUUUGCGAUCACCAGGGGUUGAUAUUACGUGAUUGGAUUCCAAUUUAA